AUGGCUCCACGGCGCCUUCUCCUCCUCCUGCUGCUGCUCCUCGCCGUUGCCGACGUCGCUGUAGAAGCAGAGGGGCAGACGUACUUCCCGCUCUAUCCUUACUGCUCGACCACGGACAACUACGCGGAGGACAGCCAGUACCGGUUCAACCUUCUCGCACUGUUCGGCGACCUCCCGUGGCGCGCCAUCAGCAACCGUGGCUUCUACGCCGGCACGGCCGGCGAAGCGCCCGACGAGGUGUUCGGCCUCAUGGGGUGCUACGCGGACAGCAGCUGGACCGCGUGCCACGACUGCCUCUACACGGCGGCCGCCGGGAUACAGCUAUCGUGCCGGUACAGCCGGGAGAUGAAGGGCGCCUACGACGCGUGCAUCCUCCGCUACUCCAACCGGGCCUUCGUCUCCGUCGCCGACCUCAGCAUCGCCUUCAACACGUCGCUGGACUCCCACGUCGCCGACCCGGCCAGCAUGAACGCCACCAGGUGGGACCUCAUCACCCGGCUCGCGUGGGAGGCCUCGCGUUCGCCUCUGCGGUUCGCCAACGGGAGCGUGCCGUGCAUGGUGAACGGGGCCUCGCAGAUGAUGCACGGGCUGGCGCAGUGCACCAGGGACCUCAACGCCAGCGAGUGCAGCAGGUGUCUUACGGAAUUCGUGGCAGCCCUCUCGGAUGUGCGCCCCGACAACAUCAAAGGUGGCGUGAAAGGCUACAGCUGCUACGUGGCGUACAGCAUCGGUGAGGACCUCAAAAUUACCAUUCCACCACCACUUGCACAGCCACCACCUGCCGAAGAAGCUACACCACUUUCUUCCCACCAAACCGGUACAAGGACACAACUGAUGGCUGGCGCGUAUGCUAGUUCAGUUGCCAUGGUUAUUAUCACCAUGAAUCUCUUGAUUUGGUUUUUUAUACGGCGGAGGCUAAACCGCAUGGCCAGAGAGGAAAAGGUAGAUGCUUUUGACAAUGAUCCAUUAGAAGACGACUUCGAGAAAAGGACUGGGCCAAAGCGGUUUCUCUACAGCGAUCUUGCCAUUGCCACCGACAAUUUCUCAGAUGAGAAGAAGCUGGGGGAAGGAGGAUUCGGAUCGGUGUACAAAGGAUUUUUGAAGGAGCUAAAAGUUGAGGUAGCUAUAAAAAAGGUGUCCAAGAGCUCCAAGCAAGGAAGGAAGGAGUACAUCUCCGAGGUGAAGAUCAUAAGCCAGUUGAGGCAUCGGAACCUCGUGCAACUCAUUGGCUGGUGCCAUUGUGGCGACGAGCUCUUGCUUGUCUACGAUAUUAUGCUCAACGGCAGCCUCGACACCCAUCUUUACAGUUCAAACACUAUAUUAUCGUGGCCACUCAGGCAUGAGAUAGUGCUCGAUUUAGGAUCUGCACUCGUGUAUCUACAUCGGGACUGGGAGCAAUGUGUUCUGCACCGGGACAUCAAGCCAAGCAACAUCAUGCUCGAUGCGUCAUUCCAUGCAAAGCUUGGUGAUUUUGGUUUGGCGCGGCUCGUGGACCACGGACGAGCACCAUACACGACAGGUCUUGCAGGAACACCGGGCUACAUGGACCCUGAGUGUAUGGUCACAGGAAAGACCAGCGCCGAGUCUGAUGUCUAUAGCUUUGGUGUGGUUCUCCUCGAGAUCGCUUGUGGAAAGCAGCCAGCGGUAGCUUGUGAAGAAACCAAGGACGUAAUUCACCUUGUACAAUGGGUAUGGGAUUCACUGGGAGGUGGAAGGAUCCUUGAUGCAGCAGAUGUGCGGCUCGGCACGGUGUUCCAUGACCGUGAGAUGGAGUGUGUGAUGGUAGUUGGGCUCUGGUGCGCCCACCCUGACCUCAACCUAAGGCCAUCCAUCAAGCAAGCUGUCAACGUGCUGCGGUUUGAGGCGCCACUGCCAAACCUACCCGCGAAAAUGCCGGUAGCAACAUUUAAGCCGACUUCUGAUUCUAUCAUUUCCGCUUCUCAACUCUCAGGUGGCAGAUAA